AGAAAUACCCAACGGCUAGAUUUUCAGUUUUCGUACACUACCAAAAAAAUAACGGAGACACACACACUUCGUCUCGUCUUCUUCCAAAGAAAAAACCUAGCACAGUACUCGUUCACUGAGUUAACUAACAAGUUUGAAUUUUGAUGAUGUUUUUGCGUACUCAUUUUCGUAAGUAAGCAGAACACAAUGGGAGUUGGUAGUAAUUUCUGGGACCUUCUGAAACCCUAUGCGCGCAACGAGGGUUUUGAUUUCUUGAGGAACAAGCGAGUUGCUGUUGACCUUUCCUUCUGGAUUGUUGUGCAUGAGACUGCCAUCAAGACCCGUGUCAGGAAACCUCAUCUUAGGCUUACCUUCUUUCGCACCAUCAAUCUCUUCUCUAAGUUUGGAGCAUUUCCAGUGUUUGUUGUUGAUGGGACUCCAUCGCCAUUGAAAUCACAGGCCAGGAUCUUGAGAUAUUUCCGGUCUUCUGGCAUUGAAUUGACUAGCUUGCCAGUGCCAGAAGAAGGUGUUUCAGCUAAGAGGAACAGUUUGUUUUCAAGUUGUGUUCGAGAAUGUGUGGAACUUGUUGAGCUACUUGGAAUGCCUGUACUAAAGGCUAAAGGAGAGGCUGAAGCACUCUGUGCUCAAUUAAAUAGUGAAGGUCAUGUUGAUGCUUGCAUCACAUCUGACAGUGAUGCAUUCCUCUUCGGGGCCAAAAGCAUUAUAAAAUGUUUCUGUCCCAAUUCCAAAGAACCAUUUGAAUGCUACAAUAUGUCAGAUAUUGAAGCUGGGCUUGGGUUGAAGAGGAAACACUUAAUAGCUAUCUCUCUUUUGGUUGGAAAUGAUCAUGAUAUGAAUGGUGUUCGAGGGAUUGGGCUUGAUACUGCUCUCAAUUUUGUUAAAGCUUUUAAUGAAGAUGAUAUAUUGAAUAGAUUGCACGAGAUAGGGAAAGGGAAUGCUUCACAAAUUCCCACUAGCAUUAAAUCCGAGGACUAUUUGGACAUGGAUGGGAACUCCCCAAGUAAAAAACAACCUCACUGCUCAUUCUGUGGGCAUCCAGGCACCAAAAGAGAUCAUAUGAAGUUUCCCUGUGAAUAUUGUGUUACAAAGGAUGAUGAAGGUUGCCUGAGAAAACCAGAGGGUUUUAAAUGUGAUUGCUUCUCCUGUGUUUUGAAUAGAAGCCACAAGGAGCAGAAAAGACAGGAAAAUUGGCAUGCAAAAAUUUGUCAAAAGAUUGCAGAGGAACCAAACUUUCCCAGUGAUGAAAUCAUUGAUGUGUAUUUAUGCAAUGACAAUGGUUACUUUUCUGCAAAUGAUGGCCUUCACAUCGAAUGGAAAAAACCCAAUAUUGAGUUGUUGAUUGAUUUUUUAAACUUUCAUCAGCACUGGGAUCCAUCCUACAUUCGACGGAUGAUGUUUCCUGUGAUGUCGACGAUCUUUUUAAGAAAUAUGGCUACAACUACAGUAGAAGAUUUGUUAUUUGGGCAAUAUGAAUUUGAUUCUUUAAAACGUGUGAAAAUGAGAUAUGGAUACCAGUUUUAUGUGGUCAAGUGGAAACGUUGUGUGGGCAACAUUGCCUUUAAAGCUUCAUCAAAGGAAUCUGGCGAGCAACAAGAUGUUGCAGAGCUCGAUGAAACGGUGAAUCUACUGGAUGACUCUGAUGUACCUGAAAUUCAUGAAGAUGAUGGAUCUAGUUUUCUGUUGACAGAUGAAAAUAUGGACCUUGUAGGAGCUGCUUUUCCAUCAGAAGUUGAAAGGUUUUGGCAGGAGCAGGAAUUGAAGGAUUUGAAAAGAAGAAAGAGUUCAACCUCAAGAUCUCAAGAAAAUGAAAAGUCAGCAUCACCAAACUCAAAAAGCAUCCAACUAAACAUUACAGAGUUCUACCCAUCAACCAAAGUUAGGCAUGAAUCAAAACAAGGAGAAGAGUCAUCCAAGAAUGCUGAUAUCAUAGACAAUGGAGGCUCAAAAAUGAGAAGGAAAAUGUCAAGUUCUAAUCUUUCAAAAUCUGUGAGGCGCCGCCUUUUAUUUGACUAGUGUGUACAUAUGUUUGAGCUUUGAAUCUCACUGCACUAUGAACAAAAUGUUGAAGCACUGACAAGAGUUGUAAUGACCUGUGGACCUUGUGAUUUUGUUACAGUUGAGAACAUGCCAGUGAGAAUACAGGUGCAAUCAAACAGUGGUUUG